AUGUCAAUACUAAACACAUCACCAUAUUUCCCUACGAACGAAAACAAUGAAAAUAACAAUGAAGAAGGUGACAAUGCUAAAUUAUUAGUAUCGAAUCAGAUUUAUUAUCCUGUAACAGAACAUGGGCGAAUCAAUUCAAUUAAUCUCAAGACAAAUAAACCAAUAACUAAUUUCCAAUUCAAAGUUUACGAUUUAUGUUCACAGAUCCCAAAAGCAAAUUCAAUUUCAUCUUCACCAAGAGCAGUGGGCGGUGCAUUAAAAAACAAUCCUUUUGCGCCUUUACCAAUACCAUGUCAUAGAGUUAUAGCUUCAAAUUUUUUUAUUGGUGGAUUUAAUGGUUGUUAA